AUGAAUGUCUCUCGUCCCAGUCCGGACCCCCUCACCACUUCUUUCUACUCUGCUUUCUUGCUGCCUCUGAAACUGACUCAGUCACCAGUUGCAAUAAGUCAGAUGUCAAUGCCCACACCAGCUCCCUCUGCAGUCGGGGGUACCCCGUCCACUUUGCUGCCCGAGAUGAUCUCGAUCCAGGACCUCGAGAACGGCACUCUCAACAUUGACGCGCUGAUCGAGGAGAUACGAAUCUUGCACCAGAAAAUUCCGGCACUUCGAUUUCAGAUGACCAAUUGCUUGCGCACGCUUGCAAACAUGGACGACUCCCAGGGUCCAUCCCAGGCUUUUCAACACAUCCAACGAGAAGUGGUGGAGCUCAAGCAGAUGUUGGAGACAUAUUCGGCAUCGUACAGGCGACUCAUGCCCGUGAUACGAUACGCUAAGCUGAAGUCUGGACUGAAUCCGGAUGAUAUGACUAAAGUGCAGCGGCACGAGGUCAAAGUGUUGAGCAGCAGCGACGAGAUUACCGAGGUAGUUGGUUCCCCUGGUUCGAAACCGCUCGGGACCAAGCGUUACAGCACCACCAAACAGGUGAGGCCACGGGCGCCGUCUGCAUCAAAAGGAAAAGUGACCGAUUCUGCCGGAUCCGCGUCACAACCAAUCCUACUGUGA